GUUUAUUCUUUAGCUUAUCAGAGCUCAGAAAGUCCAGCAGGUGGCGGUAGUGCACCUUUACGCUGGUCACCGACCGCCGGAAAAAGCAGAAACUGAAAGCUGCUAGCAGAGCUAGCUUGUUGUUCUGGUGUGUGAGGAGAAUUUUUGAGGCGGUUAGCUCUACUCCGUGAACUCAGGUGACCAAAGGUCCUCUUUUCCAGACUGGAUCUGUCCUCAGCUGAUCAGAACCAAAGCGUUGGAUCUUUAAUCGCCUGCGUUGUUCUGAAGCAGCAUCUUAAUCAGCUCUCCUGCUUUGUUUCUAUUGCAGCUGUUAGCUAAACACGGCUAAAGAAAACCUGCUACCACUUCAGGAUCAUCCAUCAGCUGGGACUGAUUCAUCGUGCGUUCUUCACCAACUGGACCUGGACAGCAUGGACACAGAUGUUCAACAGAUUGUGCAGGUUAAAGAAGAUCCUGAAGAACAGAGUGCUGGUGUGGAACAGCAGGACCCAGAACAUCUCCACAUAAAGGAGGAAAAGGAGGAACUCUGGACCAGUCUUAAGGGAGAGCAUCUCCAUUUGAAGGAGGAGACCGAUUCUGCCUGGUUUCAAUUCAGUGCUGUUUCUAUAAAGAGUGAGGAUGAUGAAGAGAAUCGUCUGUUUUCACAGCUUCAUCAGCAGCAAGUAGAAGACAAAGAUGUUCCAACCAGCAGCUCAUCUGACCAGAUGACAGCGGAAAUUUGUGGGGUAUCAGGAACUAGCAGGAACCCAGAUCUGAACCCUCAUGAACAAACAUCUGAUUCUUCAGAGACUGAAGUUAGUGGAGAUGAUGAUAUGAAUCUAGACUCUGGGAUGUCAGACUCUGGGUCUGAAACUGGAGACGAAGACCCUGACUGGAAAGAGAAAAGGUCUUCUGAGUCAGAUGUUAAGACAGUCAACAUAUCUUCUAGCUGUCUUGAGUGUGGUGAACGAUUUCAUGAUAAGCAGUCUCUCCAGAAACAUGUGAGAGUAACCAGUCAUUCAGUAAUCAGGUCUUCCAGCUUUUUGGUUAAUAAGAAAUCGGUUAGACUUAAGCAACCUGUAGACUCAUAUAGGGAAGUCCAGAAAGAACUAAAAUCAUUUAGUUGUGACUGUGGAAAAAUAUUUGGGAAAAAAUCAAGUUUUAACAGACACCAGAGAAUCCACACAGGACAGAAACCUUUUGCCUGUGAGCUCUGUGGAAAUCGAUUUACCCGUAAGUCAAACUUAAACACUCACAUGAUCAAACACACAGGACAGAAACCUUUUGUCUGUGAGCUCUGUGGAAAUCGAUUUACCGAAAAGUCAUCUUUAAACGCUCACAUGAGAGUCCACACAGGACAGAAACCUUUUAUCUGUGAGCUCUGUGGAAAUCGAUUUACCGAAAAGUCAACUUUACACAGACACAUGAGAGUCCACACAGGACAGAAACCUUUUAUCUGUGAUCUCUGUGGAAAUGGAUUUUCCCGUGAGUCAAACCUAAACAGUCACAUGAGAGUCCAUACAGGACAGAAACCUUUUAUCUGUGAGCUCUGUGGAAAUCGAUUUACUGAAAAGUCAACUUUACACAGUCACAUGAGAGUCCACAAAGGACAGAAACCUUUUAUCUGUGAUCUCUGUGGAAAUGGAUUUACCCGUAAGUCAAACUUAAACAGUCACAUGAGAGUCCAUACAGGACAGAAACCUUUUAUCUGUGAGCUCUGUGAAAAAAGAUUUAGCAAAAAGUCAGCUUUAAACACUCACAUGAGAAUCCACACAGGACAGAAACCUUUUAUCUGUGAUCUCUGUGGAAAUCGAUUUACCGAAAAGUCAACUUUAAACAGUCACAUGAGAGUCCACACAGGACAGAAACCUUUUAUCUGUGAGCUCUGUGAAAAAAGAUUUAAAAAUAAGUCAAAUUUAAUCAGUCACAUGAGAGUCCACACAGGACAGAAACCUUUUUUCUGUGAGCUCUGUGAAAAAAGAUUUAAAAAUAAGUCGCAUUUAAACAGUCACAUGAGAGUCCACACAGGACAGAAACCUUUUUUCUGUGAGCUCUGUGAAAAAAGAUUUAAAAAUAAGUCGCAUUUAAACAGGCACAUGAGAGUCCACACAGGACAGAAACCUUUUUGUGUGAGCUCUGUGAAAAAAGAUUUACCCAAAAGUCGCAUUUAAACACUCACAUGAGAGUCCUCACAGGACAUAAACCAUUUGCUUGUGAAUUCUAUGGAGAAAGAUAUGGACAAAAGACAUUUUUAUUCAAGCACAUGAGUGUUCACCCAGGAUAGAAACCUGUUAAUGAGCUCUGUGGACAAAUUAAAAGUGAUAGUGUGUACUUUCCCUGGCAAUAGUGGGCAGUACAAACCUAAAUGAUUGCAAGCAAGCAGUAUGUUUGUGUUCAAGUAAGACUUGACCAAUGUAAAUUGAAGGCUAUUAGGGUCAAAAACCUCUGCACUUUUCAAACAUGUACUUCGUCAGAUCUCUGCUGCGGGGGUGGGGGUUGGGUGUUUAUGCUCCCGACUCACCCAUGUUCAGUUGUGUCAAGUAUUUUAGACUUCUCUAUGUUUUUACACUGCUUUUAACUCAUUCACUCCCAGCCGUUUCCUGAUCAGAAAAGCCCUUCGCUGCCAGCGUUUUCACUGUAUUUUUAAGAGUCACAGAACAUUGCGUGCUAGGAUGAUGCCAACACCAAAACUAACAAAACAAAGAGUAGACUCACCUCUAAAAUUAGGAAGAAUCUGUGCGUUUCAAACGUUAUACAUUUUUUCAUAAUCCGUUGUUGAGUUGUGAUUGGCAGAAGCUUUUCCGGUUCAAGCCUCACUUUUUUUACAGCAACGGCCCAAAACGAUCUGCUAACACAUGGAUUUUCUGCUUCCUGAUCACGUGAUGUGUGUCGUACGCAGAUGAAGAUCGGCUUUAGAGCUGGGAUGUUUGUUCUCACAUUGGGGGGCUCGUUUCAACGCCCACACAGUAAAAAAAUAUGCAAAUGAUGACUUCAGUGGACUCUCACGUGAUAGUUUAAAGUCGUCAUUGGCAGUUAAUGAGUUAAGUGUUCUGGUGGUAGGGUUAGGGUCAGGGUUGAGGGGGUUACAGUCAGAGUGACUUCUUACUAGGCUUCCAGCUACAAAAUGUGGUUUAAUAUAACAUUUAGUUGACUUAAAAGUGCCUCUAAAAGCAAAACUUCUCUUAGUAAACGCAAUGUUUGGGAUCCCUAGCACAAAAAUGUUUUUUAGCAAAAGGUGUAUCUAAAAUUAUAUAAUAUUUUAUAAGUCUCUUUUCUUAUAUACACAGAUUCCAUCCUUUGCUUCAGUUUUCACCAAACAGUAAAAUAUAGACCCAUUGCAUGUUGUUUACAUCCAGGUAACUGAGCACAUCCACACUAGCUGGAGGGCUAGAACCCCGUCUCCAGCCGUUAUCCAGAGCUGUAUCUCCAUGAUUUAAGUUAACAAAAUAAAACCUAGGCAUUUACAUAUGGAACAAUCAGAUCACUGAUGUUUGAUGGAACUUGGUUAUUAAGAGCUUUAUAGGUGAGACACACUCCUCCUCACUCACCGGUAGACAUCCAGGGAGCAGACAUUGAGAAGGUGGAUACCUUUAAGUACCUGCCUAUUCGCCUCAACAGCAAACUGAACUGGUCCAACAACACAGAUGCUCUGUAUAAGAAGGGUCAAAGCCACCUUUACCUCCUGAGGAGGCUGAGGUCCUUUGGAGUUAAUUCCCAGCUGCUAAAAUUCUUUUAUCACUCUGUGGUUGGCUCUGUUGUCCACUCUGCUGUGGUCUGUUGGGGUGCAGGCAGCUCUGAUCAAGACAGGAAGAGACUGAACACGUUGGAUAACAAGGCUAGCUCGGUUCUGAGCUGCCCACUGGAUUCAGUUAAGGAGACGUGUGAAAGGAGGAUGCUGGUGAAGAUGACCACCAUCUUAAAAAAAUUCCUCCCACCCACUGCAUUCCACUGUGGAGACCAUGGACAGCUCCUUCAGAGGCAGACUGAGACAUCCCAGAUGUAAAACAACACUACCAUAGGUCAUUCAUCCCCUCUCCAGUAAGAGUGAGAACUCCUCAGUUUAACUGGUACUGACAUUAUCCUGGUACACAAUACCACCAUUGCAAUAUUCAGUAUGUGUUCAAUACUCAUUCAAUACCAGAUUUACAUUGUAUGUACGUGUCUCUUGCACUAUGCCGCAGUGUUGGAACCAAAGUUUUUUCCUUUUUUAUUUGUGGUUUUUAGUGGUCGAAGGUCACAAUUCUAGACUACUGCCUAUGUGUGAUCAACGAAGUCUAUUCUAUUCUAAAGCUUCCAGAAGCUUCUCUCAGACCACUUGUGUUCUCUGUCCAAAAUACAAACGUCCUUGGUGUAAAGCUAACUAUGAGUCUGCUGCUGCUGCCUCUUGGCCAGAUCAGGGCCAGAUUAAGACUUUGUUGUACCCUGGGCAACAAUAUUCAAGGGCCCCAUCAUCACGACCCAAGGAUCACCAUAAUAUGGUCACAUACAGAAUAUUUUACUGUUAUAUGCAGUAAAAAUACUCAAUACUUGAAUGCCUGACAUCACGUAACCCGCUCAGAGUAACCUUUGACCCACCUCGUGUGGACUGACCAAUGAGGAGAGGGUCUUAACUUGAGGCCCUCUCUUCAUUGGUCAGUCUGCAUGAGACUGACUCUCAACUGACGUUCAGUCGUAGGCAGCGAAGCGUCUCUGUGCAGCGCAAAAGCCCGGGUGGACAGUUUGUUUAAUAUAGGGUGACCAUAUUUCCAUUUCCAAACAAGAGGACAGGGGAUCUGUGCCUAUGACGUCACACUAUGGCAACUCCACACAACGCUGGGACCCAUUUUUUUGUAAAAACUAAAUAUCAGAUUCUGUCAAUAAAAGGGCUCUAAAACAAUAAAUACUUAGCAUAUUUACUGCAAAAUCUCAUUUUUCUGCUUUAGUGCUGCAACAAGGUUUUAUUAAUAAUAAAUUAUUAUACCUUUUGUUUUACUACAGCAUCGGUACGCUUCCUGUGCACAGAUUAUUAAGGAUGCUUGUUUCAGCUGUGAGAUUAGACGAUAGGAUCAAUGAUAAAAUAAGUUGUCACACACUCCAUGGAAACUUUCAGAGAAUCCACAAAUAGUGGCUUUCAAAUGGUUUUGUUACUUUUAGCAAGUUUAGAAAAGCAGCAGAUGAGACAGCAUGUCUGAUAAUUUAGUUUUUCAUCUGAUAAUAUUAGAACAUGUCAGUAAUGUCUGAGGGGCUUUUAUAAACACCAUAUAACUAACACUACUGGAGAGGGUAUGAAUUACACAGAGGCUUCUGGGGAGCCCAGUU